AUGACGUACAAUCGAACGGAGAAUAUUGGGAAAAGUACAAGUCAAGGGCAACAUGAUAAAUUGACACACCUUAUACAAUCUUGUAAGUACCCGCAAUUUAAACAUAAAUUGCCGAACAAUGGAAAUGGGUCAAACACGGUUGUCAAUUUGUCAUCAAAACAACUAUCAGCUGAUGCUGUCAAUGUACUUACCCGAGGCCUAAAUUACGCGCCGGCACCUCGGAAAUUACCUGUGGAGGAUAUCAUAACAAAUGUCGAAAAUACAAUCUUCCGGAAUAGGAUACCUCGCAGUGACGCCGAGUGCCUGCGUCAAGACGUUUCGUCAUUAUUGCGCAAGUCAUCGCCACCUAAAUCGAACAUACCGGUGAAGGAGAUGUCAGCACUCCGUGAUUUGCGUAAUGAUUCGGAUAUCCUAGUGCUACCAGCGGACAAAGGCAAUGCGACUGUGGUGGUCGAUACGGAAGCGUAUGAGCAGAAGAUCACGCAUAUGCUUAGUGACACCACAGUAUACAAGCAGGUGUCGUAUGAUCCGACUGCGAGGGUAACUACGAAAACUAUCAAGUUACUGCAGAGCCUUAGUGACAAGGAACUGGUGGCACGUCUGCGCCCUCAAAACCCAACGCCACCUAAGAUAUACGGGUUGCCCAAAAUCCACAAGCCAAACUGGCCCCUAAGACCAAUAGUUAGUCAAAUAGACGCACCUACCUACAACCUGUCGCGUCAUUUGGCUACUAUACUGCAACCGUUUACCGGUAAAACAAACACCUUUGUGAAGGACUCCCGCCAUUUUGUCGCCUUAUUGGAAGAUGUUCGCCUCCAAGACACAGACAUUAUGAUAAGUUUCGACAUAACAUCGCUAUUCACAAAUGUUCCUGUAGAUGAAACGAUAUCUAUAAUUACCAACAUACUUAAGGACACUGAUUUACCUACUGGAUACAUCGCGUGUGUUAAUCAUUGUCUCACCACAGGUUACUUCCUGUGGAGAGGGGAAUACUACCUGCAGGUGAACGGAGUGGCUAUGGGGUCGCCACUGGCGCCGGUGGUGGCUAACAUCUACAUGGAGUGGUUUGAGGGUCAGGCCUUGGCAUCCGCCCCGGUACGACCGCGACAUUGGUGGAGGUAUGUUGAUGACGUGUUCGCGAUCGUCAACCGGGAACAUGUGGCUGAAUUUGUGGGACACUUGAACUCAGUGCACGGCAGUAUACAAUUCACCACUGAAGAAGAGAGAGAAGGGAUGUUGCCGUUCUUGGAUGUCCUCAUACUGAAAGCUGAAUUUAAAGUGAUUUUCAGUCUGAUAGGUCCCGAGUAA